UCUUUGGGCAAUUUUUGGAUUUUAUAUAAAAUAAACGUUGUCUUUCUAGCCAUGACCUGAAAAACAUUUGUCCAUAACCUGCAGUUGAUAUAUGGUAACCAGUCUGCAUAUGUACAUAAUUGCAAUAUCCAGAUUUUUGCAGUGCAUUAAAACUGUUAAUGUAUUCAGCACAUCAGCUUUCCAUAUCAAACUAUUUCAUAUCAUGCCUCAAAUCUUUUUAUUUUAUUAAGUUCAUAAGGACAAUUGUUACUAAAUCUAGGGUGACUUGGUGCAAUGUAUUCCUUCAUGUUCUUCAGCACAGUAUUUCUUCAGUAUCUUUCAGAAACAAAGCAGCUUUCAAAGUAAUUAUGACCUGAAUAUGGCCUUAAAAGCCAGUAAUUAAUGCUGGUCUAAUUACUUGGUUCCAAUUGUUUAGAGAAAUUUGGUAGUGGGUUUUGUAAAUACUUUGACUUGGCCGGAGCUGGUAAUGGGAUGUCAUGUCAGACUUCAUUACAGUGAGCAGCUUCACCCCUGAGAAUAUAAAUGUCUUUUCCCUAAGAGUUCAGAGCAUGCUCAUAGCUUUCACAAGGACAAACUUAAAGAUCUGGUAGUUUGUUCAGGAGUCUUAACUGGAGUGCUUUAAAAUUUGCCUGCUUUGCUUUUGAUGUGAUUGUACCUUUACAUAUUAAAGUUGACACGGGUGUUAUAUUCUGUGUUUUCUUUCGGAAAUGCAAAACGUUGUUUUCUCUUGUGUGCUUCUCAUGCUUCUGAUCCUAAUGGGAUAAACAGUGAAACGAUUUGGGCAACUGAUCUUGGAAGCUUUUCUUUCUUUAUACCUUUGAGUCAGCUGGCAAAGCAGGAGCAGUACAGCAGUAACUUAAGUUCUUAUAUUGCCAAGCUUAGGAGGCUUGUCAUGUCUGUCACUCUGUACCUCUCCAACAGGUCUCCGUAUUUCCUUAUAAAGAUACCUUUGGCACCUGAGAUUUCAUGAUAUGCAGUGGGUUGGUUUUUUCUUUUUCUUUCUUUCUGCCAGCCAACAGUUUGUUUGUUUUAACGUGGCCUCUGGGAGGAUUGCUUUCACCUAGACCUGAGGGCUGCAGAUGACUGGCGUGCUGAGGGAAUGUGGGCUGUUAGGGGUUGCAAAGGAUCAAGCCUCGCCACAGUGAUGACUUUGUGUCCUGUUCCAGGCACAAUUUGAAGCUGUUUGAGUACUCCUUUAAAAGAAUGAAAUGGAAUUGAGACCAGGGAGUUCACAGCUGAGUUCAGCUAUGAACAGUCAGAAUUGGUUGGCAUCCCAUUUGGGGAGAAUAGGAGGAAAAUGGCAUUGUCAGGGAGAAUAGUAUACAAUUCAUGCUUUCUUUAAUGUUUUUUGUUGGGCUUUUUUGUUUGUUUGUUUGUUUUAAGAAACUGGAGGCAAUUGAGUAUCCUUGUGUUACAGUUUCCCAAUUGGAGUCAGGAUUCUGCUUUAGACUAUGGGUCAUUUGAUUUGGGAUAAAUUCAUGCUAUCGGUGGUUAUGCUGUAAAUGGUUGCACAACUGCAUUUCUCUUAGUGAGCACCCAUAAUUUUGAGCUUAUCCACAUACGUCUUUAGACUGCACUGCUAUGCUCUCAGUAGCUUAGUAAAUCAGCUCUCUCAAGGCAGCCCUUUGGAAUAAUGUCUGCACGCCUUCCUAAACACAUACUUCUUCCUUUUGCAGGGACAUUCCUGUAGACUUCAAGUAUAUUGCUGAGCCAAGUAUGCAUUCGAUGCCAGCUGUGACUUUGUCUCCAAAUGGGAAAUGGUUGGCUUGCCAGUCAAUGGAUAACCAAAUUCUGAUUUUUGGAGCUCAGAACAGAUUCAGAUUAAACAAAAAGAAAAUCUUCAAAGGUCACAUGGUAGCUGGCUACGCUUGUCAAGUGGAUUUUUCACCUGAUAUGAGCUAUGUGAUAUCUGGAGAUGCAGAUGGAAAGCUUAACAUCUGGGACUGGAAGACCACAAAACUCUACAGCAGAAUAAAAGCACAUGAUAAAGUCUGCAUUGGUGCAGUCUGGCAUCCUCACGAAACAUCCAAAGUCAUUACGUGUGGCUGGGAUGGUCUCAUUAAACUGUGGGACUAAAGAGGCUGCUGCAAGGAUCUGAAGUUGUAAGCCCUGAGAUGUGCGGUUGGAGUGAAUUCUGCUGUAAGGACAGGUAGACAUUUUGUGAUAUAGCUGUUGGCAUCUGGCUGUAUAUAUGCUCUGAAAGUGGGAAAUCUUCAGAACGCUUGACUCAAAGGAUCUUGUUCUAAACUCAACAUCUGGCUAUGAGAAUGUGAAGUGUGCAGCAUCAAAUGUUUGUCCUGUCACCUUCUGUGCAAAAUACUCUUGUAAAAUAAAAUAAAUUUAAGAAAAAGUAUUUUUGUGGCUCUGGCUGUCAGAGAUGUGGGGAGUUAAAGGAGAAAACCAGCAAUUGUGUAAUCUUCUCCCUAAGAGGAAAUCUUUGAUACCUGCUGUGACAGAGCUGGAAGUAGAGCAUUUGUUUAUGUUUUUUGGAUGGUAUUUUAUUCUCCCUAAAAUACUUCCACCUUUCUAGAACACAAACUUGGUUGCUAAUGAUGUCUGUCAAUUCACAGUAGAAAUGAAGAACUAAUCAGAAGCACACAGCCCUCAAUUAGACUGUAUCAACUGAAGCCUGUAUUCACAAAAUCUUGGUUUGUCUGUGUUUAACAACUGCAUCAUGCUGAUUGCUGAGUGUCAUCAUUACAAUUACCCUUCAGUUUCCCUGUAAGGGUUGGAUGCCAGGUGUUUUUCUUUUCCUGUUUGCUGUUAAGUUCCAGUAAGCAUGACAUUAGGAAACGAACAAAACAACAAAGUGGGUAGGUUGUAUUAUAAAUUCCACGCAGUUUGUGACAAUGUAAUGUAUAUACAUGCCACAUUUCUCCUCUUUAAAAGACUUAUUUUUAAUAAAUCGUUUUAUAAAGAAA